AUGGCUGCACCGAAGAAUUUCUACACUCCACCUACCUCAUCAUCAUCUUCGUCGUUACAGUACGACGCUGCUGGUAGCCGAAACGAAGUACGCGAGUAUUACCCUUCCCACGCACAAGCACAGCCCAAGGGGUUAGCCGGUACCGACCCCAAACGACUUGAGCGACUAGAGCAGCGUAUGAUGACCCGUGCUGAAGAUGGAAGUGCACCGUACCCGAAUGCCGCCCCAAACAAGAGCCGUCGCGCAGAGAUGAACCCAUCCGCCAGGUUCGAGCUUACGGGAGUCCGCCACGCCGUGCCCGCCAUCACCGAAGCUGUUGAAGAACUGGAGAAUCAAGGAAGCAAGAAGAUGAAACGUGACGGCGAUGCUCAGAGUGAUGAGGCUACGCCGGAUCCGGAAGAUGGCUUUCCAUGGGGGUAUACGGGUGACGCUGUACCAUACACCAAGCCCAGCGGGACACCGGAGGAGCAGAAGGAACGCGAGGCCUGUAAAGACCUUGCAUUUAACAUAAUUCAGUCGAUAUUCGUUCCUUGCAUUCUCAAGAAAGUAGAUGAAAUGUGUAGCGAGCAAUGUUAUGGAUGUAAUCUACCAAUAGCCGAAGACUUCACCCAGAAAAAUCACGAAUGUUUGAUGUUGGACGUGUCUGAUAAGGUAGAGAGGUACUUUGAUAAAGCGGUAGAUGACAUUUUGGAAACAGGUUUAGGAAAGUGCAGAUCGGAGUGGAAUACAACCGCUAAAGAGAACAAACGCAUUGUCUCACAGUAUUCGACUAUUCACGCCAGAAAUCGUCUUUUUACCAAGUAUGUCGAUAUGCAUGUCAAAAAGAGGGUCGAAGAACCUGAAAACGGAAGGGCAGUGUUGUAUAAUAUUUGUCACAUCGAUGGAUAGUCCCAACAACAUGUUGGAUUCAACCGAAUUAUUAAUGUAUAUUUACCUGAUGUCUCUUUGCUGACUCGAUUUUUUAUUUUUUGCUUCGUUUGUUUGUUUGUUUGUUUGUUUG